UUUGUACAUUAAUUCUUUCAUUAGUCAGAUUGUAUUUCACUGAAUUAUAUACACAUUACGUAAUUUUUAUUUUCAAUAAUUACAACGAAAUCUUUCUAAGUGAGCAAGAUCGGCACAAGAACGUAAGAGUUGUUUUCUACACCGAAAAGUUGUUCUCUUUGUAGGUGUGUGCGUACCUACAAACUGCUGCAGGUUAUGCGAAGAAGGUCGUAUAAGUAUGUCUUCCUAUCGCAACGAUGCGGGCGCGUGGGAUGGAGGCCCCCCUGGUGCUGAGUCGGACUACGCCCCGCCGUGUGCCCCGCCGACGACAGCUCCCAUGCCUACCACAGACCCCUGGACUGGAGCCAGCUACACACAGUAUCCUCCUCAUUAUGACUACCAAGCCUACAAUUCCUCAUCAUAUGGUUAUAGUUACGACUCCUCCUACUAUCAACAACCUAGAAACAGUAAUUAUUAUGAUGCCUCUAUGGCAAGCUAUCCAUCACAAUAUCCUAGUGGAUAUGAUUAUCAUAAACAACAUGAGCCUGGUAAACCUCAAAAUUAUCCUCAAGCAACAGCCUCUUAUAGGUCUAAUUCUCGUAGUGUUUCACCUUAUGACAGGAGAAACAGUGAGCAUGCCAAAAAGAGAGAAGAUAGUUAUGACAGUAGAAAAGAUAGACGUUCAAGAAGUCGAACAAAGCCAAAACGUAAAUAUGCUUCAAGUGGUCAUUCAUCCUCAGUAAGUAGAUCUUAUUCAAGAUCUCCUGUUCGGGAAAAGAAAAGAUCUGUUUCAUCAGAAUCCUACACUUCAAGAAAAUCUUACAGAAGUAAUAGUAGAAGCACUCACAGAUCCCAAACACCAACCACAAAGAAGUAUCGUAAAACAAGAUCUGAUAGUAGUAGGGAUAGGUCUAGAAGUAUUACACCUAAAGUGAAAAUAGAAAAGGAGAGUCCUAGAUGUGUAUCACAAAGGAUUAAAAUUGAAAAAGAGCCACACAAUAGUAAAGAUAAAGUAAAAGACAAAAGUUACAGAGAGGCUUUUACCCCACCAAGAAUUAAAACUGAAAGACUAUCAGUCACACCACCAAAAGUACAUAAAAAAUCAACAUCUCCAACAAAAAAGAACAAAUCUAAAGAAAGCAAAACAAAGGUGUCAAGUAAACAACGGGACAGUUCAAUUACCCCACCACGAUGCUAUGCCAGAACCUCAUCAACUUCAAAAUCUCGUUCUAGAUCAUACACUCCAAAGCCUAAGAAAGACUGCAUUAAUACACAAUCUCGGCAUAGGUCUACAUCAUCAUCAUUUUCAAGUGCUAGCUCUGCAUCAUCCAAAAGUUCUAGGUCUAAGUCUAAAAAGCGUAAACAUAAAUCUGUUUCCAAAAGUAGACAUAGUAGGUCCAGGGAACACUCAAAGAGAAGAAGUAGGUCAAAAUCACGGAGACGAUCUGUCUCGAAAACAAGACGCCAUGCUAGGAGGAAUUCACAGGGAUCAAAAUCACGGUCUCAUAGCUCACAUUCCAGGGGAAGAAGUGGUACCAAGACACCUAGUGAAGAUGAACGCCGUGGACAAUUUACUGUUGAAGACAGGAAACGAUUUUGGAAGCUACACAAAAGCAAUCAAGAAAAACGUAAAGCUUACAACCUCAAGACACCUCCAAGAGAAAUUAAACCUCCACCUGGAGCAGUAGAAUCUACUAAUGUGGAUGACAUUGAAUAUGGAGAUCCACCUGAAGUUGAAGGGCCUAACUUUGCUGAAUUACUCCCUCCACCUGAACAAAUACCAAUACAGGGACCUUCUAAUUCUAAGUCUAAUUCCAGCAAACCCCCAUUGCCUAUACCUAUUAAGAAUGAUGGAAGUUUCUUAGAAAUGUUUAAAAAAAUGCAAGAAGCAAACAAGAAAGUGGAAGAAGAGAAGAAGCCAGAAAUUAAGAAACCAAUACUGCCAUUCAUAGGAAAGAGGCGUGGAGGUCGGGUAUUAAAGACUGGUUUGGUAAAGAAGGCUAAAGCUAUAGAUGAGCAGACAGUAGACAAUACACCUAAAGAUGCUUGGUCUUUGUACAUGCAAGAAGUUAAGAAAUACAGGGAAACAUCCUGUGAGGAAGAAAGAAAGACUAGACCUCUUGUCAAAUAGAUAUAUUUUUAUUACAACAUUCAUCUUAGAAUAUACUAUUAAAUUUAUAUCCUAGUAUUAGUCAACUUGUGUAUGUUCAAUUGCAUCAAAUGUUAUGAAGGAGAGGAAUAAAGAUUUGCUUCAUUA